AUGGGAUCAACGUUGUCAGGCCUGAACCUUGAUAAAACAAACCUAACUUUACAACACAUUUUGGACGCUAUCCAACUCUUUAAAACCGUGCAGGAGUUUUCGUUACAGGAAAUAAGACAGGUACCAGGUGCCAGGUUUUAUUUAGGAAAAGUUUUGGAAUUAUUUGUAGAAACUGAAAUAAAAUCUUUGACUCUUUCUGGAAACAAUAUUAUAUUGGACCUAACAUUUGAUUUUAAAAAGUUUCCUCCAAAGUUAGAGACGCUGGUCACAGAAGGUGAUGAUUUAAUAAUAAGUUUUAUUGAUGCCCUGAGAAUUUCACCAGAAAACUCGCUCAAAAAAUUAGAUUUUAAAAGAGCACCCAAUAAACAGAAAGUUUUUAUAUCACAUCAGAACAAGACACACAGUAACAUAAAAAGAGUAAAUUCCGAGAGCAAUGGAUUAUCUAAUUUGGAAGUUUUAGAUAUUUCUUACUCUUUUUCGAAAUAUGGUUCUGAAGACCUGUUAGAGGGCAUGACAAAUCUCCGUGUACUAGGACUCUCGGGUACUGAGGGUAGAAAUAGUUUGACAUAUUUCGAGGCAUCCCUGCUGAGACAUUUGAACCUGAUGUAUUUAGAUUUGGCGUUCAACCGUUUACCUGGCCUCUCGGUUGAAAUGUGGAAGGAGCUGAAGAGAUUUAGAUUUAAUAAUCCAAAGUUUAGGGUACAAUUAUCUUACAACGACUUUCAAUUUAUCUGCACAUAUGUUCAAAGUCUACAUUUUAUGGUUACCAACACACAACUGUAUACCUACGCAUACGAUAUGAUGUUCAGAAAGGAAGACAAUAAAUAUUUAAACUACACGGAGAUGGUCGCACAACUUCCAAUACUAACAAAAAACUGUCUGAUCAAAGAAAACUUUGGUUACGUGCUGACAUUGUUUUUCACCCAUCUCCUUUGUUUGCUUGUUCUGGCCGUGUUUUUUCAUUACCGCUGGAAGCUGAGGUACCUCUACUUUAUUGGUCAACGGCGGCUGCACAUUGGUGGACGUUUGGUCAACUACAACCCACAAGUUGAUGUCUUCAUCACAUAUGACGAGGGAGAACCAAGAAUCCGUCAGAUUGUAAGAAAUGUUAUCCUCCCAUUCUUGAGAGAAAAGAACAUCUCUUACAUUUUAGGAGAAGUGGACUUUCCAGGUGGGGACAUGGUGUCACACAUCAGUGGAGCUAUAACUGGCACAAGAAAAACGCUGGUCUUGUUGUCUGAAGAUCUUUUCUUGGAUCACUACCGAGAGUAUGAGAUGAACCUGGCCAUCAUGCGAGAGUUCAAUGUACGAGGUCAGGUUAUCGUUCCUGUCUUUGUUGAGAGGGUCGACUUGAAUACAUACCCACCUGAAGUAGAAACUUAUUUAAGGAAUCAGCUGUACAGGUGUCUGGUCUACAGAAAUAACCAAACUUUCUGGACACUUCUGCUACAUGCUAUUGGAAACGAUACGUAG